UAUCGCCCGUUUAAAUUCGUUUCCUUUUUUUUCAUUAAUAAUUCUGUUUAUAUUCAGAAUGUUAACGGGAGUCUUCAAAGGAACACUUUUGUGCUGCGAGAAUGAAAAUUUUACGUCGACUGGCAUCACCGACGCGAACAAAAGCGUUCCCCACGAGAUCGCCUCUUUCUUAAAAGUUAUUUACAAAGUCAUAAUGCCGGUGAUCGUAGGCAGUGGUCUUCUCGGUAACAUUUUAAUACUAACAGUGCUGUCUAUGCCGAUAUUCCGUGGAAUCGCGUAUUUGUAUCUCAGGGGACUGGCGCUGGCGCACGCUGGAGUCCUAGUAUCUUGGAUACCUAUCUUUUUCAGACUCGGUCAAGGUACGAAGGACAACUAUCCAUCGGUAUUCUACCACGCUCAUUUGGAGCUGGUCGCUGUGAACACGUUCUCCGUCGCAAGCAUUUUAAUAAUGACUUGCUUGAUCGUGGACCGAUACAUUUUCAUUUUCUUCCCGGCUCGCAUCCGUAACAGAAAUGCUCGGAAAAAUGUCCACUCUUUCGUCCUGUGCUCGUUCAUCUUCGGGUUCGCGAUCAGUGCUCCGCUGGCUAUAAUGAGAAUGGUGCACGAGUGGCAAGAUGGUACCGGUAAUCAUUUCUCAUUGCGCGAAAACGUUUCCGUCACGCGAAACGGCCUGUGGCACGCGUACAUCUGGAUCAUGGAAAUCACGGCCCGUCUUUGCCCGACCGUGAUACUUCUUAUACUGAACACCGUGGUCGUCAAGAGGUUUCUGCACCUGAACGCAAAGAAACGAGAAUUUCAAUUAGUUUCCGAACAGUACCGUACCGCGAACCUUCCUGACAUGUCUCUGUUAACCCGCAAUCGUGGAUACAGAGAAGAACAACACCUUGCUACAUUGAUGUCGGUCAUGGCUGUGUGUUUCGUGGUGACGAUGAUACCGUCGAUGGUUCUUCAGUUUUUGUACAGCAAUUACGAGACCGUAGAAACUGGCUACCACCUAUUUCGCGCGUUCGCCGCUGUCGUUGAGCUUUGCAAUUUCGCCGUGCCCAUUAUCGUAUACUUCACCUGUAGCAAAGAAUUCCGAAUAGAAUUCCUAAAAAUCCUUCAAAAUAAAUGUAGGAAGACCGUGGAAGAAGAUAUUGAACGACCAAUUGGGGAAAUUGAAGAUUACAGUAGACAUGGUACCACAGUUCGACUUACGCCUGAACAGACGAAAUUAAAUUCUCCCGGUUCCGCGAGCAGACUGAAUCCCAUGGAGGAAGACGGAGAGUCGGAAUUAUUGAACGCCUCCGAUGUUGUUUAGUAAUUGUACUAAUAAAUUGCAAAUAAAAAUGUCUAAUUGUAA